AUGCAAAUAUCGGAGGAGGAGAAGAUGAGCCCAAGGUUUAAGGCGUUCAAGAUAAAGUCCUAUCUUAAGGCCUUUAAUCUUUGGGAUACAGUGGAGACUAGGACUGAGCCAGUACUGAGGAAUGCCAACCCCACCAUAGCUCAACUCAAGCAGCAUGAAGAAGACAUUGCUAAGAGGUCAUGCAAUCAGCUUGGACAUGUGGAAAAGGUAUGUAAGAAUAAAGGUGCAACCUUUGAUGAGAAAGCAACUAUUGAUGAAAAAGUUGAAGCCUCUGAUGAAGUUUUGUUUAUGGUGAUGAAAGCAAAUCCACCACACUCAACAGGAGUUACAAAUCAAAAGUUUAGAUUUGUGAUGGUUAAGUCUGAAACUCUGAAGAACUUUCUUAAGUUCAGAAAUCUAAUGGAGAAUCAAGCAAACUCAUCUAUCAAAAUUCUCAAAAGUGAUAAUGGUAAUGAGUUCACUUUUGUAGAAUUUGAAAGAUUUUUAUCUCAACUUGGCAUAAGUCAUCAGCUGACUGUGACAUAUAAUCCACAGCAAAAUGGAGUAUAUGAGAGAAAGAACAAAACUGUCAUGGAGCUGACUAGGUGUCUACUAUUUCAGAAAGGAUUGCCUAAGUCAUUUUGGGUAGAAGCUGUAAACACAACAAAUUAUUUGUUGAACUUGACUCUAACAAGGGCACUUGGAGACAAAACUCCUUAG